CAGACUUAAGGUCUAUUUAUAAAGAUAAAAGAAUUUAUUAUAGGAUAAGCUAAUUAGCUGUAUUGAUGAAUGAAAAUUCCAAGCUCCUGAUGUCGCCAUCGCAGGUCCCCCAAACACCAUCGCGGAGAUAUUCCGGACCAGUCAAAAAGACAGCCUCCCCACAGCGCGGGAUGGCGUGCUAGAAGCCAUGGUCUGCAUAUCAAUCUGGCAGCCGCCGUCUGUCCAUUCUUCCAUCUUUCUCUCUUUCUUCCACCCUUUUCCCUUUUCAGUUCCAGAAUGGGCGCCACCGAGAUAGAACCAGAGGCGGAGUCGGUCUCCGCGCACUCCGGGGAGAACGAGGCGGCCGAGGAGGCCGCGUUCCAACGCGUCCUGCGCAAAAUCGACCUGCGGCUUGUUCCUAUCCUGGUUCUACUGCACGCUGUUUGCAUCGUCGACCGGUCAAACAUCUCCGUGGCACGCAUCUCUGGGCUGGAUGACGCAUUACAGUUGGACCAGGGCAACCGGGUGUCGAUAGUGACGCUCGUCUUCUUCGUCACGUUUAUUGUCUUCGACAUCCCCAGCAAUAUGGCCGUGCGGCGGGUUGGGCCUGCGCGCUGGAUGGGGCUGAUUGUGUUUGCCUGGGGUAUCGUCAGCCUCGGCAUGGGGUUUGUUCAUUCAUGGACUGGCAUGGCCGCUCUCCGCGUUCUUCUGGGUGCCUUUGAAGCAGGGCUCAUCCCCGGCUGUCUAUAUCUUAUUAGUGCUUGGUACCCUCGGUAUGAGGUCCAGAAGCGGCUGGCCCUCUUUUACCUGUGCGCUCUGACUCUCGCGGCCUGUACCAACAUCCUCUCCUACGGCCUCAUCCAGAUCGCAGCACACCCAACCACGGGCGGUUGGCGCUGGAUCUAUAUUGUGCAGGGCGCCAUCACUGCUGCCAUCGGUGCUGUCAUCCCAUUUGUACUUGUCGACUUCCCGGACUCGCCGCGUAACACCUUUCUCACUGCCGAAGAGACGGCGCUGGUCCGUCGCCGGCUCGAGGCCGAUCGCGGCGUCACUGAGAAUGCAGAGGCUAUCACACUCGCCCGCUUGGUGGAAGCGGCGGUUGACCCAAAGACAUAUCUCUUUGCAUUCAUGUAUAUGACAGGUGCCAUGGGCACCUACUCCUUCAACCUCUUCCUGCCUGUCAUCCUGCGGAACAGCUUCGAUUUCUCCGAAGCCCUCAGCUUUGGACUGCUGGUGCCGCCGGCCGUCAUGGCCAUCUUCCUUGCCAUGAUCCCUGCCGUGCUCGCCGAUCGGUGGCAUAUUCGAGGGCCAUUCGUCUCGGCCCAAGCGCUGUUGGCCAUCGUCGGUCUCUGCAUGAUGGCCUUCUUAUCCUCCCCUGUGUCUAGAUAUGUGGGAGUCUUCCUGGGAGAGGCCGGCGUGUAUGGCCUCGUAACAGGAGUUAUGGCCUGGCAGGCGAACAAUAUUCAUGGCGACGCCCGAAGAGCCAUCUACAGCGCUAUUCAGAUCAUGUUUGGGGGUAUCGGGGGGCUGUUUGCCACCUUGGUCUUCCGCCAGCAGGAUGCCCCCAAGUAUGUUCCCGGUAUCGUUGCUGUUGUCGCCUGUUGUGGCACAACAUUUGCUCUCUCGAUUGUCCUCAUGCUUGGUCUUCGCUGGGCGAAUCGGCGUGCAGAUCGAGGGAAAUCUAUUAUCAAUGGUCUCCCGGGAUUCCGAUACACAAUAUAAUCCGAUAGAUAUAGAUUAUAAAAUAGUAUUUUAUUAAAUAGCUUUCAGAUGCUAUGAUAUGCCUAC